AUGGACCGUGCUUCAAAGUGUCCACAACUCAACGGAGCCAUUGUCCCAGAGAUUCGAGCUCUAAAUGCCACGACUAUUGUUGAGAGUCAGGUCCAACCGAGACUUUAUGGAAGACGAGGGGUUUAUAAUGCAAAUUGUGAAUGGAUGGUCAUCGUUGUCAAGAGAAAAGGCUGUAUCCUCCUGGACACCGACAAUAUUGAGUUCGGGUGUCAAGACAACACAAUUUUCUAUAACGGACACGAAGUGAGCAGUUAUGUGUGUGCCACAAGUGUCUUUCCCGAUUUGGAAAUGGUUAUGUGA